UUUUACGUCAAACUUGUCAAAAGUGACACUCUGUGGCGGUGUUCUGCAACGUAGUGACUAGUGAUUAUGUCAUAUACUCUUUGGUGCUCUGUAGCAACGGUUUACGUUUAACCGACCGAACGUAGUCUCUCGCUUUGUGUGUGUAACUCAUGAUAACAUUUUAAGUUUAAACUGAAGAAUAAGUAUUACACUUCAAUUAACAUUUUAAAGUUCUCAAAAUGACUGCAGGAACGUUAUCAAACUCCAAAACUAAACCAGUGAAUAUAUCAGAGGUCGUCCAAAAAGCCCGGAACACAUUCAACAGCGGCGUCACAAGGCCACUGGAAUGGAGAAAGAAACAAUUGAAGAGUUUAUUGAGGAUGUACGAAGAGAACAAAAACGCUAUGAUAGAUGCUCUCGUCAAAGAUUUGAGGCGGAGCAAGACGGAAGCGAUACUGUUAGAAGUCGAUUACCUGAUAAAUGAUCUAAGCAAUACGCUGAAUAAUUUCGAUGAAUGGACAAAACCCGAAAAGCCUCCGAAAGGUAUAGUAAACGUUUUAGAUGACGUGGUUAUCUAUAACGACCCGUAUGGCGUGGUGCUCGUUAUCGGCGCGUGGAACUACCCUCUGCAGCUAUUGUUGCUGCCCAUGGCUGGUGCAAUCGCCGCAGGAAACGUGGUCAUCGUCAAACCCAGCGAAUUAGCGGUCGCUAGUUCACAGUUCAUUGUCGAAACUCUGCCCAAAUAUUUGGAUAAUGAUGCAGUUUUAAUCGUAGAAGGAGGUGCGGAAGAGACGACCGAAUUACUACAACACAAAUUGGACUAUAUCUUCUAUACUGGAGGCACAAAUGUUGGAAAGAUCGUAUAUGCUGCGGCUACCAAACACCUCACUCCUGUUACAUUGGAAUUGGGAGGGAAAAGCCCAGUGUACAUUGACAAUACAGUGGAUAUGGAGGUAACAGUAAAACGUGUGCUGUGGGGUAAAUUUAUCAAUGUUGGCCAGACUUGCAUCGCUCCAGACUACAUUCUGUGCUCCAAGGAAGUACAGGACAAAUUUGUUGAAAUAAGCAAAAAUGUAUUAAAAGAAUGGUACGGAGAGGACCCCCAGAAAUCACCGGAUCUUUGUAGGAUCAUUAACAGCAGACAUUUCAGCCGUCUCCAAGCAUUAGUUGAUGCAAGUAAGGAUAAAAUAGCUAUCGGCGGUCGCUACGAUGCUCAGGAUCGUUUCAUAGCCCCCACUAUCCUUAAGAAUGUUACCACAAGCGAUAAAAUUAUGGAAGACGAAAUAUUCGGUCCUAUCUUACCGAUAGUGCCUGUUGAAAAUGCAUAUGAAGCGAUCCAAUUCAUUAACUCGAGGGAAAAACCUUUGGUGCUGUACGUGUUCUCGACGAACAAGGAGGUGACAAAGAAAUUAGUCGAAAAUACUAGCAGCGGCGGCAUGUGCGUUAACGAUACUGUCAUGCAAAUGGGAGUUGAUACGUUACCGUUCGGUGGUGUUGGUAACAGCGGUAUAGGUGCAUACCACGGCAAGAAGUCCUUCGAUACAUUUACGCACAAGAAGAGUUGCUUGGUGCGAAACUUCGCAGCCAUUGGAGAGAAACUUGCUUCCGGUCGCUACCCACCCUACUCCGACAGCAAGCUGAAUUUUAUCUCAACAUUGAUGAAGAAGCGCCAAGGUCCAUCCUUCACAUACUUGCCACACUUCAUUGCCUUUGCCCUAGGAGUUGGUCUCUCUUACGGAAUAUUCGCUUGGCAGAAGGUGGCCUCAGAUGAAUUAUAAGUCAAAACUGUACCAAGACUUCAGGAGUGUGAUAUUUUUUUAUGUUGAAUGAUUUUUUAUUACAUGUUAUGGAAAAUAUUUAUUUAAGAUAAUACUGGAAAAAUAUAAAUAAUAGCACAAAUCAUUACCUCAACGAUAACAUAAUUCAUGCUUACAGUACAGUCUUGUCUCACACAUUAUUAAAAAAAAAAAACAUUUAUUUUAUAACUAGAGUGCAUUCCAUUUUUCCUAUGGUGUAGUCUUUUUUAUUUAUAUUUUGAUUU